AAGCAUCAAAAUCCUAUACCAUUUCAAUGCUAUCUAGAAGAAAUAUACAACUUGAAAAAUACCACACCAAAGAAUCUUCCAAUUUAGUGCCCACAUAUGAUAUGGCUAUGAAGGAUCUAACCAAAGUCCAAAAGUAAUGUCAAAAUUGGCUGCUUAACCUAUGUGCUGUCUUGGCGCCAUCCGCAUAUCUCCCUCUAUAUAAAUCCACCCACUUCACAGAUAAACACUACACUAUCCAAAACCAAACAAAGAAGAAGAAGAAGAAUAAUUCUCCAUUAAAAUGAUGAAGCUUGAAAUGAAAACAAUCUCCAAACAAACCAUUAAACCAUCUUCCCCAACUCCUCCCCAUCUCAAAACCUUCCACCUCUCCCUCCUUGACCAACUCCUCCCUCCCCCUUAUGCUCCACUCAUCCUCUUCUACCCAAACUCCCAAGACGGCGUCGUUUCGAGCUCCCGGCUCGACGCCCUCAAAUCCUCCUUGUCUGAAACCCUGACCCGGUUCUACCCGUUGGCCGGAACCCUCUCUUCGGACGAUCUCGCCAUCGACUGCAAUGAUCGAGGAGCCAAUUUGGUGGAGGCCCGGGCGAAUUGCACCAUGACAUGGUUCCUCACCCACCCGGAUCUUCUAUCGCUACCGAAGCUCCUCCCGGUCGACCCGGUCGGGCCGAUCGUCGAACCGAGACACGUGUCAAAUGUUCAGGUUACGGAGUUCACCUGCGGCGGGAUUGCCAUCGGGAUUUGCAUCUCCCACAAGAUCCUCGACGGCGUUGCGCUCGGAACUUUCCUCAAGGCGUGGACCACAACGGCUGCCGGCUGUGAAGAGGAGAAAGAAACGAAUAGCGCGCUGAAUCCCAAUUUCAUCGCCGGGACUCUGUUUCCGGCGGGAGGCUCCCACUGGCUCCGGAACGCUUCGAUGCCGAUGUGGGGAUCGUUCUUCAAGACGGGGAAAUGCGUGACACGGAGAAUCGUCUUCGAUUCGUCGGCGAUCCGGUCUCUCAAGUCCCGACUAAUCUCUCCGACGGGGACUCGGGUCGAGAUCGUUUCCGCCCUUCUCUGGAAAUCGAUCAUGGAGGCUUCCGAAAGGGUAACCGGAACCCAGAAACCGUCCCUUCUUACCCACCUAGUCAACCUCCGGAAGCGGGUCGAGCCACCGCUCUCGGAAAAUUCCCUCGGGAACCUCCUCUGGAUCUCGUCGGCGAAACACGACCCGAAAACAGAGCAUCCAUCCAAGCCCUCGGAUCUUGGUGAAUUGGCCGGGAAAGUGAGGGAGUCAAUUUCCAAAAUUGACGAUGGGUUCGUGGGGAAGCUGAGGGGGGCGGAGAGGGAGUCGGCGAUGGCGGAGACGUUUGAUGAGAUUGUGGAGAUGAAGAUGAAAAAGGAGGGAGCGGAUUUUGUGGGGUUUUCGAGCUGGUGCAGGAUGGGGUUUUACGGGUCGGAUUUUGGGUGGGGCAAGCCGGCUUGGGUGAGCAGCUACGGGGUGGGAGGUUCGGUGUUCAUGAAUCUGGUGAUUCUGGCGGAUACGCCGUGUGGAGAAGGGGUCGAGGCGUGGGUGACGAUGGACGAGGAUGAGAUGGCGGCGGUAGCGGGGAAUGAAGAGAUGGCGGAAUUCGCUAAGUUUGAUCCCAGUCCAUUGGCAUUUGAUUAAUGAUUAGUGUUAUAAAAAUUACUUCGAGAAGUUGAAAUGCAGCAAAUGUAGGGUAAGAUCUUGGGGGUAAUUGUCAGACUGUGUGUUCGCUGUAGAAUGUAGAUAAUAAUGUAAAGAAGUUUUCAGAGUUUUCGGGUCGGACCACGGGUUGGUUUGCGGGCUGGGUAGGUUAGGUUAACAUGGCGGGCAAAAGUGAUGUUGCAGGUCGGCUAGUGAGCUUUUAGGGUUAAAUUAAGCUUAUUAGUACAUUCUGUUUGCCACAUCAUCAUUAACGAACCUUGUUAAUGACUUUUGACGAAGUCUAAUGACCAGUGAGCAAAGUUGGACUGUGUAACUAAUUUGAAUGACUAAGAAUGAAAUUAAUUAAUUUUAGUUACAAACGUUAACUUUUAUAGUAAUUCUAGUGAGUAAAUUUUCAAUUUACCUGUUUUUGAAGCGUCAUUCCUAGGGUUUCCUACCUUGGGCUUUGAUCCAUUGUUUGGUUCGGGUUUCAUGUCGUGGCCUUGGUCCAAAAGAUGGGCCAAACAUUAGGAGGUAGAGGUUUUGGUCAAUACUAUGGUGCGGCUAUAAAAAGUGCGGCCCCGAUGCCGCAGUUUCCUAUUGGUCCACGUGUUAUAUGAUGUGGCAUUUGCUGUUUUGAUUAAACCCCAAUCCAAAUCUGUGGCCCAUGAAAACUUGCCCAAACCGGAGCAGUCACCCAACUGAAUGUCAAAAGCAUUUCCGUUAAUUCUUGUGGUAAAACGUUUUGUUACUUUAUAGUUUAACUAGCUUAUUACCCGGCCCGUUGGCCGGAUUACUGUAUCUUACCCACUUGUGGAAUGGGAGAGAAAGCAAGUGAGAGUGAAGGGAUUGGGAUUCCACUUGAUUAGGACCGGCCCACUAAUCCGAUUCUUCCCGACCCGCCCCAACCUAAAGGGUCAGAAAGAGCCAAUAAGAAAAUACGAACGGAGAGAAUUAGUAAUAUAUCUUGACUCUUCAGAAGUGGGUCAAACAAGAUAAAGGUUGGGUGAGGGCAAUUUUUAGCGCUAAACAGAGUUCUGGGUUGAAUAACUUUACUUAGGCCUAGAAAUUGGUGCUGAUGCAGACUGCAGUUUUUAUCAUACCAUCAUCAAUCAUCAUUGAAUUAGUCCUGGGCAUCCCUCCCCGUUGUCGGUCUGAAUUUUAAUGAUGGCUUCAUUCCUUGCACCAGCCAUAUCAGCGAGUUGUCAUCUCGAGCAUGAUUUGCCUAUGUACAAAUGAUACAAUUAGAGUAUGAAACUGAAUUCAAAGAAAAGGAAAAGAGAAUUCUAUCACAUGCCAAUAAAUACACACAUAAUAGUUGAAGCUAAGUGAAAGUCAUUACUCGCACAUCAAUUCUCAAAAAUUACAGACUAAACAAUGGCUAGAAUGGCACUGAAACUACCAAGAAUCAUGGACGAAACAACUUGUCAAAUUAAAUAAUCCUUAUACUGAAACUACCUUCUAACUUGAAAUAAGACAUGAUCACAGUUCAUAGCACUCUUAUCACUAUGAAUUGGUUGCAGCUCGUCCUUAUCACUACCUCCCAAGCUCAAUUCAAACAGAAUAGACACAGUUAUGUAAGAUAACCAUAUCCUUACUGAUCAUAAUUCCUUUCUUCACUCCAUUUUUGUCGGAGAAAAGAGUUAUCCCCCUCUCAUGCAUUUCCCUUUCCCCCUCUCUUCUCCCUCUUCUUCACAAACUGAUCCCUAAACCAGCAACAACAACACAAAAUAGCCUUCGCCUCUGCCAUCUCCAUCUACUGAACGCGUUGGUGGCAAGACAGGACUGCAGAAGCAAAAUUUUCUAAAAUCAAACUAAAUUUUUUGAAGGAGACUCAACCACGAAAAAAGAGUAAAGCAACAAUGCUAAU